AUGACUCCGCCUACACUGGCCUACUAUAAGGAUCCUUCUGGCCACAGAGAGGAGUCUCGUUCCACAGUCAUCCCAUUCUUCUCGCUCCGAGACGAAAAGUGCGUGGGCGGGCUGCGUGACGUGUCGGUGAACAUCCCGCUGGCGGUGGCUCCCGGGGACACGGUCAAGCUCACCUGCCUGUACGAUCUGGAGGGCGACCCCCUGUACACCGUCAAGUGGUACAAGGGCCGCCAGGAGUUCUUCCGAUACGUGCCAAAGGAGCUGCCGCACACCCGCGUCUUCCCGCUGCCCGGCGUCAACGUCGAUAUCGGGCAGUCGAACGCCCACCAGGUGGUGCUGCGGGACGUGCAGUUGGAGCUGGCGGGCAAGUACCGCUGCGAAGUGUCGGCCGACGCGCCCUCCUUCCACACGCAGGUCGUCGCUAGCCACAUGCACGUCGUCUACCAGCCGGAGGGAGAGCCUCGGAUGUUCGUGGAGAAGCCGCGCUACGCCGUCGGCGACACGCUUCGCGCCAACUGCUCGGCGCCCGCCUCCAGCCCGGCCGUCAACCUCACCUGGUUCCUCAACGACCGCAAGAUAAACGAGACGUUCCUGGAGCGGCACGAGGUGCGGACUUCCGCCGCGGCGGCCCCCGGCUCUGCACCCGGCGGCGGUGGGGGCGGCCUGCAGCCCGCGUCCGUGGCGGGUGGCGCCCCCCAGCAGCAGCAGCAGCAGCAGCAGCCGCCGCAGCAGCAGACGCGCUACGUGACGGUGAUCGGCCUGGAGAUGGACGUGGGCAGCGACGCGUUCCGCGGCGGCAAGCUGCGGCUGGCGUGC